AUGUCAACCAACGAUACCUUCGUCCCAUCAUACGAAACAUGUAAAGAAGUAUCCGAAAGUUGCCCUGUCGAAUUCACGGCUUAUGGGACCAAUCUUUCGAAGCCUGCUGCAACCUUUUUUGGGAUUGCAUUUGGAAUAUGUGCAGUACUUCAGCUUUACUUUGGCAUGCGAUCUAGAACAUGGUCAUUUAUAAUAUGGCUCGGAAUUGGGACCAUUUUUGAGGUUAUUGGGUACUGGGCGCGCGUCAGUCUGUCGAAGAACCCCUGGGACGUGAACGCUUUCACUCAACAAUACCUCACCCUUCUUCUUGCUCCUACUUUAGUCGCCGCAGCAAUUUCUGUCACCUUCAAACACAUCGUCAUCUGGUAUGGCACGGAGUGGUCCGUCCUUCGCCCUUCACUAUAUCCAUGGGUUUUUGUGGGAACAGACUUUCUCUCGAUCUUUAUCCAAGUAGCUGGCGGUGCCAUCACGGCAUCCAAUACUUCCGGUUCAAACACCAAUGAGACCUUGUCAAAGAUCGGCGAGAAGCUGGUCGUCGGAGGUGUUGCUUUCCAGGUUGCCAACAUGCUUUGCUGCGGCCUGCUCAUGUUGGUUUACGUCAUAAGACGCAAGUCAGCUCUCAAAAGGGGUGGAAGGCAUUCUAGAGGCGGAAGACAUUCGAGAGGCGGACGGCACUCGAAAAACGGACGGCACUCGAAAAACGGACGACGCUCGAAAGGUGGGCGGCGUUCGAAAGGUGGGAGGCGCUCGGGUAGCGACGCCUAUUCAUCGAGCCGCGAUGAACCCGCCAUGUCCCGAGCCUCAGCAUCUAGGCGUGAGGCUAGCCGUGUUCGGAAGUUUGUUUAUGCCAUCACUGUGGCAUACAUCGCAAUUCUAACACGGUGCUCCUACCGGAUUGCGGAAAACAUACCUGCCAUUUCCCUAGAGAUUUUGCGCAAUGAAGCUUUGUUUUUGGGCCUCGACAGCACGAUGAUUCUCAUUGCCGUCGGUGCAGUCUCUGUUUUUCACCCGUACAUAUUCUUUCCCUUCCUGAAAGAGUCCAAGCACAUGGAUAAAAGGAGUAGACAUGAUCAUGGAUAUAGCAUGCGCCAGAUGGUAUAG